GGGCUCCCAGCACAGUGGCUCCUCUACCUCAUUAGCAUCCACCAAAGUGUGCAGUUCCAUGGAUGAAAGUGACAUCUUAACAGAAGACUUUUUGGAUGAAGGGUUCCAAGUACCAGUGUCUAUAGCAGAAAGAUACAAAGUCGGAAGGACCAUAGGAGAUGGAAACUUUGCCAUUGUUAAAGAAUGUGUAGAAAGGUCAACUGGCAGAGAAUAUGCACUGAAAAUCAUCAACAAAAGCAAAUGCCGAGGAAAAGAGCAUAUGAUCCAAAAUGAGGUGUCCAUUCUAAGAAGAGUGAAACAUCCCAAUAUUGUGCUGCUCAUUGAGGAGAUGGAUAUGCCAAAUGAGCUGUAUCUGGUAAUGGAACUAGUAAAGGGAGGGGAUCUGUUUGAUGCUAUCACCUCUACUAACAAAUACACGGAACGAGACGCUAAUGGGAUGUUGUAUAACCUAAUGAGUGCCAUCAAAUACCUGCACAGCUUGAACAUCGUUCAUAGAGAUAUCAAACCCGAAAACCUGCUGGUGUAUGAACACCAAGAUGGAAGCAAAUCACUAAAGCUUGGAGACUUUGGACUGGCCACUGUGGUAGAUGGACCUCUAUACACUGUGUGUGGAACCCCAACAUAUGUAGCUCCAGAAAUAAUUGCAGAGACUGGGUAUGGAUUAAAGGUGGAUAUUUGGGCAGCUGGUGUAAUAACGUACAUCCUACUGUGUGGCUUUCCUCCAUUCCGUGGAAGCGGAGAUGACCAGGAAGUACUUUUUGAUCAAAUCUUAAUGGGACAAGUGGAUUUUCCAUCACCUUACUGGGAUAAUGUGUCUGACUCUGCAAAGGGACUUAUCACCAUGAUGCUGCAGGUUGAGGUAGACCAAAGGUAUUCUGCUCUGCAAGUUCUUGAACACCCAUGGGUCAAUGAUGAUGGUCUCCCGGAAAAUGAGUACCCACUGUCAGUGGCUGGAAAGAUAAAGAAGCAUUUCAAUACAGGUCCAAAACCAAACAGCACCACUGCCGGAGUCUCCGUCAUUGCAGUAAGCAUACCUACACUACAUGGCCUUUCUAUAACUCUUUUUUACAGCUUUCAUUUUUUUUUGUAA